AUGGCGGGUGCGCUGAAGAAGAUUACUACUGGCCUUGUGGGAUUGGCCGUAUGUGAGACUCCACACGAGAGGUUAAGGAUAUUGUAUACAAAGAUUCUUGAUGUUCUUGAGCAAAUCCCUAAAACUGCAGUGUAUAGAAAGUACACAGAACAGAUUACAAAUGAGAAGCUGGCUAUGGUUAAAGCAGAACCAGAUGUUAAAAAAUUAGAAGACCAACUUCAGGGUGGCCAAAUAGAAGAGGUGAUUCUUCAGGCUGAACAUGAACUAAGUCUGGCAAGAAAAAUGAUGCAGUGGAAGCCAUGGGAGCCGUUAGUGGAAGAGGCUCCUGCCAAUCAGUGGAAAUGGCCAAUAUAAUCAUUGUUGAAUGACUUUGGUGGGUUGAUGGGAAAUUGAUGUAAUUAAAUGUUUUAUUAAAAAAA